UCAGUCAUACACAGCUAAACCCCCGGCCUGCUAGCUAAUCCAUGGCGGCAGCACGCAAAACCGGUACCACGGCCGCGCUUGCCGCCGUUCUGGCGCUAAACCUCCUCCUCCUCCACGCAACCCUCACGGAGGCCUGCAGCUCGUGCUCCAAGCCGCCGCCCGCGCCGGCGCCAUGCUCCCCGAGCGGCGGCGGGGGCAAGUGCCCGGUGAACGCGCUGAAGCUGGGCGCGUGCGCGAGCGUGCUGGGCGGGCUGGUGAGCCUCAAGAUGGGCCACCAGGGCUCGACGUCUUCGUCUUCGUCCUCGUCAGAGAAGCCGUGCUGCGAGCUCCUCGGCGGGCUGGCCGACCUGGACGCGGCCGUCUGCCUGUGCACGGCGCUGCGGGCCAACGUGCUGGGCGUCGUCCAGCUGAGCGUCCCCGUCGAGCUCAGCGUCCUCGUCAACUACUGCGGCAAGAAGGUCCCGGCCGGCUUCCAGUGCCCUCGCUAGGACCGUCCCCUGCGUGCUUAGUGCACAAGCCCAUGCGUGGUUCGUGCACGAGGGCUUGAUUUGCUAGGAGUACGAGCUGAACGCAAGAGCGGUUAAGUUGUGUGAUUGUGUGUUCUGUGGUCCAUUGAUUUGUGUCUUGUCUUGUCUGAACGCGGACUACACUACAACCUGAUGUCGUGUUGGGUGUUGCUUAGUAAAUCUACUUGAGAUUGUGAUGAUGAUUAAUUAGGUUUCUGGAUCCUAAACUUGUUCGGAAUAA